GUCAGCUUCCACUGCUCAUAACUACUUGUAACAAGUAGCCUAGGGUGAAAUUGUGUCUACAAGCCACAAUUCUCUGAAUGACCAUCUUAUGACUCAGCAGCGUCUAAUUUUUCAAGAUGGUGUCUGGUUUUGUUGUGAGAAUGACAUGAAACUUUAGUGACACUGCUAAUUCAUGAACAUGAGAUGACAGUAUGUAGUUAGUGGAAUUACUCUAUACCUCAUUACGCUAUCGUGUAAGAGGGACAUGUGGGUAUUAAUAAUAGUGGUCAUAGUGAAUUUUCAAAUCUUAACGUUUCCGAUUUACAGAAGAGCUAAUAUAAAAACGUAAAGAAAAUUAAUAUGCCACUAAUUUCGAUCAUGAACUCAAAUUAUACAGUCCUAAGAUCUGGAACCAAGGAACCGAAGACCUGCGUCAACUCUUGAGUCUGUUGCGUUUGGAAAUUCACGGUUUUGAGCCACUAUUUGGGAAAAUGGAACUGGCCCCUUUUAAAGAACUGAUAUCUGUACGCUCAAAGCUGCACAAUGGGUUGUUUGUCGGUUGCAGGGAUCGAACAUCGAAAUAAAGCGCCAGACCACGCCUACAUUUAACACUCUACACAGUGGCUUCCAUGCUCUGCCUUAAUGGGCGAGGUUCUCUUUCCUGAUAGGCUAUUGUGAUAUCUACUAAAGAACGAAGGCGGGAUACAAUGGCUGCGUCACAUUUGGGAAUCGUCAUUCGUAUCCCAGAAGUUUGCAAACAGUAGAAAAACAGGAAGCGAAGCGGUUCCCACUCGAACAAUCACAAGAAGAGCUAUCAAGCUACGGCAAAAGUGCUGGAGAAUUUUUAUUUUUGUAUAAACCUAAACUAAGCAACAGGGAUCAUUUUUCAGAACUCUACCAUUAUAAAACUAAAACAGAAAGGAAUGACACUACUGAAUGGCAUCGAUUGACUAACAAUGAUAAACAGUCAUUAAAACGUGUUCACUGAAGUCACUUAUCAACAGGGAAUGGUGCUUAAUCUCGAAACCAGUAGACUUCCUGUUUAUUCUGGCCAAUCAAAUACACAUUCAGAUUUUAAAGAAUUUACAAAACAUCAGCACUGUGCUGUUUAUCUGAACUCUUUGUCAUCCAAACCAUCCGAUUUAAUUACGAAAAGAAAUACGUCGGAGAAAAUAUUUUCUGGAGGACUUCGGUCACACGUGCAAACCACGAGCACGGACCCGAGAACAAGGGUUAACCCAAAUAUGGGUGUUUCAGAAAAGUCGGAGAGCCGAUGUAUAAGCGAAAGAGCUGGUACUGUGGAAGGCUCGCCAAGUGAAUCAACGCUGUCGAUGGCGAGGUUGGUUGGAGAGGCGUCGCCCUUGCCGGCAACAAAGGGCAGCCCUACCUUAACAGACGACGCCAACUCCAGGGCAGUAGAGUUAGCACCUACAUCUAAUAACCCAGACAUAUCCUGCUAUCAAGACUCAGAUGAACACGAAGAUAAAGAGGAGCAGGCUGGAAAUUACAUGAACACAAAUCAAGACCCAGAAACAGUUGAAUGUGAAGACUUUCCUAAACGCAAACAGAGACGGUAUCGUACUACAUUCACAAGCUUUCAACUGGAGGAACUGGAGAAAGCUUUCUCACGUACACAUUAUCCUGAUGUUUUUACAAGAGAAGAACUUGCCACGAGAGUAGACUUAACAGAAGCAAGAGUGCAAGUGUGGUUCCAAAAUCGGAGAGCCAAGUGGAGAAAGCAAGAGAAAGCGAUUGGGAACACCAUCCAGACCCAAGGCUUCAACUCAUACUCCCUUCCUCCUCCGACUUCAACUUCUGCAAACUCGCUUGGUCUUUCAAGUCCUUUCUCGUCGCUCAGUUUUUCAAGAAAGCCGUAUAAUCCUGCUCUUUUUGUCACUACCUCGCGGCCCCCUGCUACAUAUCUACCACCUGCAGUCACAGGUUUGUUGCCACCAACUGGAGCCUAUCUAGGAUCAUCAGCAUACGCCUUGCGCGAUCUAGCAUCGUAUCCAGGUUCGCUACUUCCAUCAUCCCUAUCACCUCUGUUUCCAGCUCCAUAUCCAGCUACUUCGUUCCAAACAUUGCUUGCUAAUUUAUCAGCACAAAGCAGACCAAAACUACCAGGCGAAGGAACUAGCGAGCAUUACACAGGUGUUUCAAAUAAUUCGCCACCGGUCUCAUUAGCUCCAGGAACUUUACCUGGCACUCUAGAGUUUGACCGCCGGAGUUCCAGUAUAGCCGCCCUUCGCAUGAAAGCAAGGGAGCAUGAGAUCCGCAUGGAAAUUAUACGAAAAGUAAACGGGGAAUUUAUCAGUUGAGUAAUUUUAUAAGUACGAGCAAUUUCAGCUGGAAUAAAAGGAGUCACAUCGACUACUUGAAGUGUUAUUUUAAACCAAAGAUGUUUCAGUGUUCCUUUUAGACUUUCAUUGUAAGGGUGUGUGUGUGUGUGUGCUGCCUGUAUCUGUAUUCCAUAUUUAUAAACUGUGAUUUUUUCGGGUCCUUAAAGCUUUUAAUAUCCGUCCAUUUUGACCAUAAGAAUAUAAUGAAUCGAAUCAAAUAUACAGCAUAAUAUAUUUCUGACUUUGAUAUGUUGCGAUAUAGAGUGUUGUAUCACGGUUCGAAUUUUACUUUUACGCUCACUUGUAAAACAUUGAAAGUGCCUGUAAAAUCCACUUACUAAAGUGUUGAGCUCACUUGCAAUUUUUUUUAUGUGUUUCAUUGAACACUUAUGCCUUACAGUAAAAAUAUAUUAUAA